AUGAUAAUUUCGCAAACUCUUCAAAAAAUUGUUUGUUUAAUAAAAGAUUUUUGUGGAGUGCUUUCAGAAGAAGCUUUACGGCAAAAUUUUAUUCUAGCAUAUGAAAUCAUUGAUGAAAUUAUUGAUUGCGGAUAUCCACAACACACGUCUACUGAAAAGCUCAAACAAAAUAUUCGUACGGAAGCUCUUUUAUUAGAAGAUUUACCUUACCCACAAAAGCUUUUAAAUUCUUGUUCAUUUGGCAGAACAUUAUGUUCAUCAGAAACUAAUAAUGUUACUCAGAUACCUUACCAAAAAACAGUACCUAGUUCAGCUUCCCAUCGUCCUGUUGGAUUAGCAAGGCUUGAAACACCUCCCUUGUCUUUUAAAAAUGGAGCAUCCCAUGUUGUAGCAAGUUUUAUGCAAUUGACGAAGAAAACAUUAACUGGAAACAAUGCAGUCAAUUUACCCACAGGAAAUAAUGCUAAUGAAAUUUUUGUAGAUGUUUUAGAAAAAAUUAACGUUGUUACCAAUUCCUUAGGAACAGUUUUAAGAUCUUAUAUUGAUGGACGAAUUCAAGUUAAAAGUUAUCUCUCAGGUUAUCCCUCUCUCUGUGUUAUAUUAAAUCCUGAUUUAGCGCUCAAGUCUAAUCCACUCCCUGAAAAUCAUAUCAAGGAUUAUUCUGCUAGUGACUGCUUUUCUUCGUCCUUUACAGCACCUCCAGCAAUAGAUGAUUACAAUUUCCACGAAUGUGUUGAUUUUAGCGAAUUCCAAACGUCAAAAUAUCUUUAUUUCACUCCUCCAGAUGGUGAAUUCGUCUUAAUGAAUUACCGGUAA